GCAUCUUCCCUUUCCAAAGCUCCCGCCAGUAAGUACACUCUUUUACUUAUUUUAGCUUUCGCUUCAGUGAUCACGUUUACUUGACACUCCUCUCUUCUCCACUACUCUUUCUCUAUGUAUCUCUUCCUCUUCUAAACCCUCAGUUUCAAUUUCUAUAACCCCAUAGACCCCAAAAUUAACCAACAAUGUCGUAUCUUUUACAUACCCAUUUCAAAAAAGGCGAUCAAGUUGAAGUCUUGAAACAAGAAAAUGGCCCCAACACACUAACUUACUAUGCCGCCACUGUACUCCGUUCACCAGCAAAGCUCAAGACCCAGAUCUUGAUAAAGUAUCAAACUUUAAUGAAUGCCGAAUCAGACGCUCGAAAACCCAUCACAGAAUUGGUUGAUUUGGCUAGAGUGAGGCCUAUGCCUCCAAGAGAGCUUAUCGAGUGUUUCAAAAAUGGAGAUAGUGUGGAUGUUUUCUGUGAUAAUGGGUGGCAAAAAGGGACUGUUAAAGAUAUACUUGAGAAUUCUAAAUUUGUUGUUGGUUUUGAUGGGAAGAGUGAAGGGAUUGUUGCGGAGCAGCGCAAUUUAAGGCUGCAUCGUGAUUGGGAUCAUGAUGAGUCUUCAUGGGUGCCACCGCUUCUUGAAAAUAAAGUGUUGCCUGCAACAGAUACAGAAUCCAGCAAGGUAAGGUUGAAGAUAAAAUGCAGCAGUAGAAAGUCAGAGCCAAUGUUCAGAACAGGGACAAGAGUAGAAGUCAAAAGUGAUGAAGAAGGCUAUGUUGGUGCUUGGUUUGAUGCAAAUAUCAUUGGCACCAUAGGAAAUGACAAACUUUUGGUGCAAUAUUUAAACCUGGUAACAGAUGAUGAGACUGCUCCCUUGAGAGAAGUAAUCAGUGCAGAGCAUGCUAGACCAUGUCCACCCCCAAUUCCAUCGGAUGCCGGUUUUAAAGAGUUUGAGAAGGUUGAUGUUUGGUUCAAUGAAGGGUGGUGGGAGGGUCAGGUUUCAGAAGUGCUACCUGGAUCUAAGUAUAUGGUCUAUUUCAGGUCCACUAAUGAAGAAUUGGAGUUUGAUCAUUCCUCAUUAAGGCAUCACCAAAAAUGGAUUGACGGAAAGUGGGUUCAGGAAAAGUCGAUUAAGUGGGACACCAACGAGAGAAUUCUGAAGGCACAGUUCAUUAAGGGGACAAUGGGAGCAGUAGUAAGUAAUGAAGUUGGUCUUCAGUGUGAUAAGAGAACUCCAAAGGCACAAUUCAGCAAGGAGUCAAUGAGGGCAGUAAAAAGUGAUGAAGUUGGUUUUCAUUGUGAUAAGAGAACUCCAAAGGCACAGUUCAGCAAGGAGUCACUGGUGGCAGUAAAAAGUGAUGAAAUUGACUUUCAGUAUUGUAAGAGAAAUCCAAAGGCACAGUUCAGCAAGGAGUCAAUGGUGGCAGUAAAAAGUGAUGAAAUUGACUUUCAGUAUUGUAAGAGAAAUCCAAAGGCACAGUUCAGCAAGGAGUCAAUGGUGGCAGUAAAAAGUGAUGACGUUGGUUUUCAAUGUGAUAAGAGAACACCAAAGGCACAGUUCAGCAAGGGGACAGCGGUAAAAAGUGAUGAAGUUGGUUUCCAGGGUGAUGAGAGAAUUCCAAAGGCAGAGUUCAGCAAAGGGACAAUGGUGGAAGUAAGAAGUAAUGCAGUUGGUUUCCAGGGUGCUUGGUUUGCUGCAACCAUUCUCAAUGUGAUGGAGAAUGAUAAGUUUGAGGUGAAAUAUCAGAGGCUUUUAACAGAUGACGAAACUGAUUUUCUUAGGGAACAGGCAAGCGCUUCAGACAUAAGGCCUUCACCUCCGCAUAUUGAGCAUGACUACCCUUACAGACUUUUUGAAAUGGUUGAUGCUUGGUAUAAUGAUGCCUGGUGGGUCGGUCGUAUUGCCAAAGUUCACACCAAUUCAAAAUACACAGUUCACUUUAAGACAACAGAGGAAUUGGAGUUUGGACACUACGAACUGAGGCCUCAUCAAGAGUGGGUUAAUGGAUAUUGGGUCACUGCUCCCAUGGAUUGGGGAUGUGAUUUCUGAAUGCAUAGGUUCAGUCGAAAAAUAAAUGUACUGGUGGAUGGAGCUUUCGCCUUUAAGCAUCUUGUCAAAGGUAAUACAGAUAGAUACUAAUAGUAGUGUUAUUUUGUGUAGGAUACAUAGGCUUGUUGCUGGAAGGAACUUUUGCCUUUCAGCAUCUUGUCAAGGGGAUAGAAUGGUACAAGAUGCUAACUAUACUGUUUUUUUUUUUUUUUUUGGUUCUGCAUACAGAAACGAAGGUAUGAUACAUUGGGGUCGUUUGGCAUUGAGAUUAGUUUUUUUUAUUAUUUUAUUUUUUGAGUUUUAUAAGUUGCUUUGGAAAAGGAGCAUAUGAGUUUAAGUAUUUAAGAAAAAUAGAUUUAUUAUUUUUUUCAACACUCAAUAGCAAUUUCAAACACACCUAAUAUUAUUCGCGAAACAUCACCAACUCGGUUGCUAUGUGUAAUGCUAACUCUUAUGCUUUUCCGCACCGCAGGAGUCAUUAGUUGAAUAUUCAAGUAAUACAUUAUAAAUUCUUCUAUCCAAUGGCUGCUCGGGCAGAUUUUUGUAGUUUCCACUAAUGUUUUGCAGUUAGACUUUGUUUAGCCUUCUCAACUGAAGGUCCCCUGAGUUUGAGAUAGCGUCUGCCAUUCAAAUGUAUUUAUUAAUUGUCAUCCAUUCUAUACUGUGGAAUUGGCGAAUUCGCCUUUAUAUGUAUUAAAGUCAUUACAUGCAUAUUGUCGACAGACAAAAUUUUGAUAAUUCUACAUACC